AUAAGAGGAAAAGCAAGACAAAAAUUGAAGAAGGGGUAUGGAUCAAAAGAGUGAAAAACAAAGAAUGCAGAAAGAGCAGAGGAGGAAGGAAUAAUAAGGAAUAGGAUUUGGAGAGUGGACCCUCCUCAUGGCAGUACCUUCUGGACGUUCCUUCUACAGUUCUCUCCUAUUUCCUCCCGGAAGUAGAUGAGACAGGCACCACCUUGGCUCCUCUGCAGCGGCCUUGUGCAUGCUCCUCCGUACUGCCUCCAGAUCCCAAGGUGGAGGAGGCACAAUGAAUCGCGGCGGAGGCAGCAGCCCCAUGGAGGAACUCUCAAAGGCUACCCUGCACAAUAACUCGCUGUGGUGGCUGGCUUGCGGGCUCCUGGCCCUGCUGGCCAACUCCUGGAUAAUCCUGAGCAUCACAGCCAAGCAGCAGAAGCACAAACCCCUGGAGCUUCUGCUGUGCUUCCUGGCAGGGACUCACAUCCUCAUGGCUGCCGUGCCGCUCACCACCUACGCGGUGGUGCAGCUGCGCCGCGAGUCCUCCGACUACGACUGGAACGAGAGCAUCUGCAAGGUCUUUGUCUCCACCUAUUACACCUUGGCCUUGGCCACGUGCUUCACCGUCGCCUCCUUGUCUUACCACCGCAUGUGGAUGGUGAGGUGGCCUGUCAACUACCGCCUGAGCAACGCCAAGAAGCAGGCCCUGCACGCCGUGAUGGGGAUCUGGAUGGUGUCCUUCAUCCUCUCCACGCUGCCUUCCAUCGGCUGGCACAACAACGGGGAGCGGUACUACGCCAGCGGAUGCCAGUUCAUCGUCAGCAAGAUAGGCCUGGGCUUCGGCGUGUGCUUCAGCCUGCUCCUCCUCGGAGGCAUCGUCAUGGGCUUGGUUUGCGUGGGCAUCACUUUCUACCAGACCUUGUGGGCUCACCGGAGGCACCACAGAUGCCACCACCUGAGAGCGGAGGAAGCCUCCUCUGCUUGCCCGUCUUCAGCUCACAGCACCUUCAACGUGCCAACUAUCGUGGUGGAGGACGUCAGGGGCAAACGGCGGUCGUCGCUGGAUGGAUCUGAAUCUGCCAAGACUUCCAUGCAGAUGACCAAUCUCAUCAGCGCCAUCGUUUUCCUCUAUGACACACUGACCGGGGUGCCCAUUUUGGUGGUGAGCUUCUUCAGCCUACGCUACGACACGGCUCCCACCUGGAUGGUGCUGGCUGUGCUCUGGUGCUCCAUGGUGCAGACACUGCUGUUGCCAUCCUUCAUCUGGUCCUGCGAACGCUACCGGGCUGACGUCCGUACUGUGUGGGAGCAAUGCGUGGCAAUAAUGUCAGAGGAAGACGGGGAAGACGAUGGCACUGGUGACGAUUACGGUGACGGGAGGAUCUGCAAAGUGCGAUUCGAUGCCAAUGGUGCUGCAUCUAUGAAACGGGACCCCAGGGAUGCUAAGCUGCUGCCAGUGCAUCACAUGCUGUUGCCCCAUGACAGGGUGCACUACCUGCAGGUCCCUCUGUCCCGGAGGAUGUCCCACGACGAAACCAACAUCUUCUCCCACCGCUCCUCGCCUUCCUUCCUCCACAAGUGGUCCUCAUCCGACGACAUCCGCGUGCCUACCCCUCACAAACACGGAGGCGUCCCCAGCUUCCUCCUCCCGGAGCUCCGCAGCUACCACCACCACCACCGCCGCCACCGGCCUCCCGAGGACGAGUUCGCCACGCUCCGGCAGUUCCUGGAAGCUGGGCUGGUGUCCCGGGGACCUGCCUCGGGGUCUACCGCCUGCUUCUUUCGCGACGAGAUCACCACCUUCAUUGACGAGACGCCGGUGCCCUCCCCGCACAGCAGCCCGCGCCACUCGCGCCUGCCGCUCGUGGCUCAGAGGGAGAGGCGCCACUCUCUGGAUGACACCGAGCAGGAAGGCGGCCCCGAGAGGGAUCGGCGGUGUUCACUGACUGGUGGGGAAAACCUAUACCUCUACAGCGGAGAACAGGAGCCCGGGAGACGGACCUUGGCAGCUCAAGAAGCGCAGGGUUUCCAGGAGCUCGGCCUAUGAAACGGCAGCGGAAGCAUUUGCUGGGCUCUGGAUUUUUAAGCAAAACUCGACGUGUCUCCCCAGGACCCAAGGGGGUGUUUUUAGGUCCUUGUGUUUCUCACCAUGUUGGCAGAGGAGGGGGGUGGUGCCCACGGCGGGGUCCUGAUGUGGUGGGGAAGGAGAACCGGCUUUGUUCGAAGGAGCCACGGAGCCCUGCAUCCAGGUGGCAAAAUGUGAGCACAGACCACCACAGUUCAUCGGAGGGCACUUUUUUCUCCAGUUCCACCCCCUCAGUAGCAUUGUUAGUGCCACAAGCCCCUCCCUUUUCUUAGCUCCACCCAUUAUGAGAAACGCUUGUCGUCGGUUGCCAAGUGUGGGACAGGAAGGUAUUAAAAAGAAAUCUAUAUUUGGAGUGUCA